UAAACUAAUAGUCUAGGGAGUCUAACUGAAAAUAUUACCAAAACUUUGAUCCCCUCGAAAGGUCACGCAGGUGUGGUUCCAGUUUCUUGAUUCAGUCAAAAUCCCUCCACUCCUCACCUCCACCUCCGGCCGGCAAUGGCUGUUUCGGCCUUCACGCCCAUCAUCCGUGCAUCCCCAUCUCCAUCUUUCACACUAUCUACAUCGCAAUACCAAUCGAACUUUAUAAGAACAAGAAAAGUCAAACCUGGGGUUUUGACCCAGCGACGAUAUUUACCCCCGAUUGCUGCCCUCUCCGACCCGUUUGUUCUCGAAAUUGCAGAAACAUUGGAAGACUCUCUUCCAUCUUCUUCUUCAUCAGGUCUUCAAAAGCUGAGAGAUUUUGCUUCAGAAUCUCUUCUCUCCACUCCAUGGCCAUCUAGAAAAGACGAGCCUUUUAGGUUCACAGACACAUCUUUCAUCAAGCAAUCAGAGAUCAUACCGGCUUCAUCUCCAACAUCACCUGAAUCUUCUAACCAUAUAAGUGCAUUCGAGGAUACACAAUCGCUCAAUUUGACUAUAAUCGAUGGAUACAUCAUUGAUUCUUUAUCUCAAUUAUCAGGGUUACCAGAUGGGGUGUUUGUUGGAAGCUUAUCUAGCCUAAGUUCGAACGAAAUAACAAAUAGGGUACUCGAAUUUUUACCUAGUUCUGAACCAGGAGACUUGUUUUGGUCACUUAAUGGUGUUGGGUCACCUGAUUUGGUUGUGGUUUAUGUUCAAGAAGGGUGUAAAGUUGAGGGUCCAUUGCGUUUGAGGUACAUUAGUAAUGAAGGUAGUGAUAAGGUGUCAAAGAAGCUUCCAGUCUCGAAUCCAAGGGUUUUAGUGGUGGUUGAGAAAGGAGGAGAGAUUGGAAUACUCGAAGAAUUUAUAGGUGGUGAUGGGGAUUUGAGUUAUUGGACAAAUUCAGUCAUGGAAAUUGCAAUCGGGGAAGAAGCUAAAGUUAGCCAUUCAUACAUCCAGACUCAAUCUUUGAACUCUGCUCAUAUCAAAUGGACCUCCAUUCGUCAGGAAAAAUCAAGUACAUACGAGCUAGUAGAAGUAAGCACAGGUGGAAAGUUAAGCAGACACAAUGUCCACGUGCAACAAGUUGGAUCAGACACGAUAACAGGAUUAUCAACAUUUCAUUUAUCAGCUCAUUCACUUGGACAAGUUGUAUUUGAUGGGAACAUAAAGGUCAACAGAUACGCGCAACAGACAGAUGCAGGACAACUGACAAGGAGUCUGAUUCUUGAGCCACGUGCAACGGUUAAUGUGAAACCGAAUCUUCAGAUAAUUGCUGAUGAUGUGAAGUGUUCUCAUGGAGCUUCAAUCUGUGAUUUGGAAGAGGACCAACUGUUUUAUCUUCAGGCAAGGGGUAUUGAUAGACAAACAGCCAGGAAGUCGCUCAUUGUCUCCUUUGGUGCUGAAGUUAUAGACAGGUUUCCAACUGCUGACCUAAGAAAGAAGGUUGAGCUUCAUGUGAAGAAGUUGCUGGAUCCUGUAGUCCCUUUAAAGGUCACGAGUGGUGUCUGAAGUUUGGAUUUGAAAAGCAAUAUGUAUGAAGUUUGUAAUGUUUGAUUAUGAGGGAGAAUGAAGUUUUUGAUGUGAAGAUUGUAGUGUUUCCAUGGCAGGAAUGAAGAAUCUGUCCAUGAUUUUAGCUCUGGUUUAGAGAUGCCUUGGAGGCUGGAUCAGGGAAACAUUACAAACAUGAGUUAACUUUUAUUUUUGUGUAAUUUAAAAAGUAAAUUAAUAAUACUUUUAUAUUUGCUGUCCUAGAA